AUGCAGGACACUAGCGUCGAGGUGCAUAGCAAGUUGAAGGAAUCGUCACAACAGCAGGCGGACGCUAUCAGUAGUCGGAACGAACAGGAGUCGGCCUUCCUACAGCUUCCCGGCGAAAUCAGAAACUACAUAUACGGUUAUGUUCUUGGAGGAAAUCGCUUCAUCCUUGAUCAACCUGACGUAUCGGUGCCCAAAGCCACGGCAGUACUCUGUCCCGACAAUGUCCAGCCCGCAUGCGAACUUCUUGGUCUGACUGAGGUGUGUCGCCAAACGCGAUCCGAAUCUGCGCCCAUGGUCUUCUUUCUCAACAAGUUCACCUUGGAUAACGAUCCUGAACCCAAGUCCGUCACAUUCGCGAAUAUUCUUGGUGCUUCCCAGCGCAACCUCAUCCAGCAUGUCGUUAUAGAUGCAUGUCAUUUUGAAUGCCUUCUAGACUCGGUAGAUGCUGCCCUUGAAAACUUCCAAGGCCUCAAGCGGGUCACAGUUGUAGCUUCAUGGAUGGGGGUGGAAACAGAAGAGACAGCAUACGCUCACAUCAAAACAAUCGUUGAGAAACGAGCGGGAAAGGAUCUUGAGGUUUUUCUCCAAGACAACGUUGUGAAUCGUUCAGAUUGA